AUGCUGAUUUUCUACAAAAAACUGUACCAGGUGCAACAGCCGGAUAACGGAGCAAACGCCAUCGAAAGCAAACGUUUGAUCGAGGUUUGGUACAAAAACUCAGCGGGACAAAUACAUAUGUUUCAGAAAAUGCUAAUAGAAUCGCAGAAAACAAUCAUUGUCUUGACCGUCUUGCCUCUAUUGACUUACACUUUUCUUUCCGUCAAAGAAAAUGACUGGUUCUCAUGAUCCAAGAAAAAGAAAGUGUCGAUAAUCGCUGGGAACGUUUGACUUUUCUUCACAAUGUUUUCCAAUUUUCCGAAUACUGUUCUCACGGUGUUCUAAAAGAAAUUUCUGUUCUGAAAUUAAUCUUUCCAGUUCCGAUAAGAUCCAACCAAUCCAAUACACAGUCUUCCAGAAAUACCCGCUCUUCAAAAGUUUUGUGUUGUGCUUGUGCUAUGUUUGAUGAAACAUCAUUUAAUGAUGCUCUUCAGACCCUGCACGUUGGUCCCAUCACCACUCUAUCCCAUUCAUCAUCCACUUACAAAUAGAGAGGGAUGUAUACACUUGAAUGUUGAAACAAUCAUGGAGGUACACCCCAUCGAAUCCAAUCAAAACAAGUACUUCUCCGCUCAAUUUGUUCUCAUUUGAUGAGAAGAAGUUCCUUCAGUUCUUCGCUCGGAAAAAGGAGAAGAGGAAAACGGGAGAAACGGGGGAAAGGGGACAUCGUUUGGUCCACGCCCACUAUGAAAGAAAUGAUGAUGGGGUGCGCGUGUGUCUGCAGAGCCCGGCAAACUCCCAGCGGAGCAUUUCCACAAAGAGUCCGUCCGUCGCACCACAUUGACCACUGCUCCGCCAAAGGUUUGUUCGGGUCGCCCGUUCUUGAGAGCAUGUGCUCAUGAUUUCGCCGGUGUUAAGGCUUACAGUAAGUUCUUCCACGUUAUUGUAUUGUCAGUUCUUAUUCAUGAUUUAGGCACUACAAUGCGUGCUCUUCCAUCUGUUCAAUGAAGUUCAAAGUAGUGCAGAUGAAUACCGACUGCUAGCAGAUCUUCGGCACAAUUACGAUCCUUAUGAGCGACCCGUUGCGAAUGCCUCCGAACCUUUGGUGGUUUCUGUCAAAAUAUACCUCCAGCAGAUUCUAGAUGUGGUAAUUCACCUGAAAUGAUGCGGAAACCUAACUUUACUUAUUUAAGGAUGAAAAAAAUCAGGUGAUCACUUUAGUAGCCUGGAUUGAAUAUCAAUGGACCGAUUACAAGUUGAAGUGGGAUCCGAGUGAGUACGGUGGAAUCAAAGACAUUCGGAUACCCGGAAAUGCGAAUGCCAUCUGGAAACCUGAUGUUCUUUUGUACAACAGGUAUGAACUUGAAAACAUUUUACAAAUUGUCUAUUGCCGAGUUCAAAAUGUUGAUCACCUUGUCAAAGUCGCUCUUCGUUCUCAUAUCUGUCAACUCAUCUUUCUCUCUUUUUGAAGCUACUAAAAUUUUGAAACGUGCAGAAAGCAAUCAUUUUUCAAUGUUAUGUUUUGUGGCAAACGUCGUACUUGUCAACAGACCAAACAAAUGUAGGUUGCAAAACGACCAACUCGCGUUUUGAAGUGUCAAAAAAUUGCAGAACGUCCUAACAUCCUAAUUUCCAGCGCGGACGAGAACUUCGACUCCACCUACCCAGUGAAUUACGUGGUGAGCUACACCGGCGACGUGCUGCAAGUUCCUCCGGGAAUUCUCAAAUUGUCCUGCAAAAUUGAUAUCACUUAUUUUCCAUUCGAUGAUCAAAUAUGCCAUCUGAAGGUUUGUCUGGCUCCGAAAAACGUUGUUUGUUAUAUAAUAUUUCUAUUCCUAUUUCACAUCAUCUCAAGUGAGAAAGAGGUCGGGUCUCCCUAAUCCAGGGGGGUGAGUAAACGUUUUAUCGCAAAACUACAUCUACUAAUCUUGGGCGCGGCAGCGGAAAAACCGACAACUUCUCUCCUUGGUCUUCUUCUUCUUCUUUUUCCAUUCCUCAGAAGUUAUUGUUUACCAAACAUAUAAUGAAUGAUGUGAAGCGGGUUCUUGGUUCAGUGUCCUAAUCUUUUUCGGCCGUUUGCAGUUUGGCUCAUGGACAUACAGCGGAAACUUCAUAGAUUUGAGAAUAAAUGGUCCCGAAGGAAAAAACAUAUCUGAGGAGGGAAUUGACGUGCAGUAUUAUGUGCAAAAUGGAGAGUGGAACUUGUUAGGUACGAACUUCAAGAAACAUUUUGAGGGACUCGGAAAAAGUAUGUUUUUCAGCGGUGCCUGCUCGUCACGAAACGAAUAUAUUCGAUGAACAACCAUAUCCAUCAUUAUUUUUCUAUCUUGUCAUUCAAAGACGUACUCUCUACUACGGUAUUUAGAGGAGUCAAAGUUCAUUUUUCGAAAGUCUUUUUUUUUCAGGACUCAACCUUAUCAUUCCAUCAUUUCUCAUAUCACUCAUGACUGUUCUAGGAUUCACUUUACCGCCAGAUGCUGGCGAGAAGAUCACAUUGGGUACAUUUUUUACUUAAUUCUAAACAAUGUAAUGGUCUUCAAGAUGUCUGGAACACUUUUUCUUACAGAACAUAUCGGCGGGCAUUCGUUAUUGAAAAUCUCUCAAAAUUUUUUCAGAAAUCACAAUUCUCCUCUCUGUCUGCUUCUUCUUAAGUAUGGUAGCAGAUAUGACGCCUCCGACUUCUGAAGCAGUUCCCCUUAUUGGUAAAAACGACAGUACUCCUCAAUAAUCUACACAUUUCUGGUACCUUUCAGGCGCAUUUUUCUCCUGUUGUAUGCUUGUAGUCUCUGCAUCCGUUGUUUUCACAGUUUUGGUGCUGAACCUUCACAAUCGCAAGCCUGAGACUCAUGAAAUGAGCCCAUUUGUAAGUGAACAAAUUCUAUCGUAAUCCUUCUCAAUUCGAAUCUUGUUACAGCUCCGAGAACUGCUUCUGAUCUGGCUUCCAUGGCUGCUGCUCAUGAGACGUCCAGGGAAAACGGUUUUCAACUGCGCUUUAAUUAAGGUUCGUUUUUUUUGCCUAGAACUAACUUAACAAUAUAUGGAAAAUACCUGUUCCUCAAUAAUAUCAUGUAUUUAGGCUGAAAAGGCGGAAGAAAAGGCGCGUCAAAACUCUGUUCGGAACGGAAAAGGACCUGCAAAACCUACAGAUUCUGUUCACCCUUCUGAUGGAUUAUCUCUGAUGAAAAAUAUCAAACUAGGAAAACGACAGCACGCGGUUGAUAUUGAUAAUGGUAACCUUCUCCUACUUCACGCAUUCUAUGACAUCCUACUCAACGUUUACUUUUGUUCAGAAUUCCAUGUCCAACAUAAUCACUUGAUGCCAGUGACUCCGUCCGAAACCCCGCGCGUCACUUACUCCAAAGUAAUGGGAGAGUCUUAUGUCGAAGACGGUAAUACAGAUAAUACCCUAAUAAAUUCUCAAAAAAAUACUUUAGUAGUCAUGACGGAGCUGAACAAGUACAUGCAAAAAGCGUGUCUGGAGCUUAAGAACAUUUCGUCGCAGACGAAAGCAAUGAGAAAAAAGAUGGAGGAAGAUGAGAGGGUAUGUACUAAAAAGGAAGAGUUGAACUAA